AUGGCGCCUUCAAAUUCCGCUCACAAUGGUGGUCGACCAUUUCCAGGACGACCCAACAAAUCCUUUUCAUUGGAUCGUUGUCAUGUCACUACCACUACCACCACGACAAGACCCUCUCUUCAUAUGUCAUCAUCAUCCACACCACCAACACUCUCAACAAGUGGUAGUAUGCUUCAUUCUCCCUAUCAUGUUCAAUAUUUUCAUCAUCAUCAUCAUGACGAUGAUCAUGAAUCACCUCUCAAACUCCUCGGUGCACAACAACCACAACAACCACAACAACAAAUUGUAUCACAACAACAACAUUCUUCGGGAUCAACAUUGGAUCAAACAAGUCCAACCUCUCAAGUGAUUCAAACCAAUGAUGAAGCAACUCAAUGUAAAUACAUACUCUCACAAUUAGGAUAUAUUCAUGAUGAUUAUAUUCAACACAUGUUACAACAACAUUCAUCCAAUCAAGUACUUGCAACAUCACCUUUUAACAAGCCAUCCACGUUACAACUAACAAGUAUUUUCAACAAACAACCAUUAUCACCUUCCAUAAGAUUAUCGAAUCAUUUGAAUACUUCAUUUCAUCAUCAACCAUUUCAAAAUAUUCAAAAUCAAUCACCAUAUACUAAUAAUCAUCACACUCCAUUUAAUAAUAAUCAUCACAGUCAAAUCUCUCCAUUUAAUAAUAAUAAUCACAUUCAAAAUUCUCCAUCUAAUGAAUUUAAAAAUCAAGUAUUGGCAUCACCUAUUAUCAUCAAAGGAUAUUAUAUUCGAUAUCAAUUAAUUAAGAAAUUGGUUGAAGAUUUUAUUCAUCAAAACAAACACAAUGACACUCUUCAAAUUAUUAAUUUAGGAAGUGGUUAUGAUACUUUAUACUUUUAUAUUAGAGAUUGUAAAUGGAACACAACAAGUGAUUCACAUGUUCUUGGUUCUUCAGGUCACAAUCCAUCCAUUAAAUAUUUAGAAUUGGAUUUUCCAAAAGUCAUUGAGAGCAAAAAGAGAAUACUUGAAACAUUGAAUAUUGAAUUUAUGAGUAGUAGUAUUCAUGAAAAAUCGAAACAUGUGUCGUCGUCGUCGUCGUCGUCGUCGUCAUGCAUGAACCGAAUCGAUCAAAUGGACCAUUCAAUGAAUAUCAACAACAACAACACGACGACGAUCAACACCACCAUCACUAGCCCUACCCAAAGCACUACCCAAACCCCUUGCCAAAGCACUACUACCCAAAGCACUACCCCCACCAAUACAUUUACCAAUAAUGAUACUACUACUACUACUACUACUACUACGACAUGGAUCCAUGAUCGUAAUAGUAGUAUUAUGAAUAAUACCAAUGAACCCAUUUCUAACCUUUCAUAUAUUUUAGAAUCAUGUGAUUUAUCGGAUAUUCAAUCUUUCAAGAAUAUUAUUCUACAAUAUUGUAACACCCAUGCACCAACUCUAUUCAUUAGUGAAGUAGCAAUGUGUUACAUGUCAAAGAAAGAUUCAUCUCUACUUUUAGAUACCAUUUAUUAUGAUUUAUUUAAAUCUUCAUUCAAUGUCAAGUUUAUUGUUUAUGAACCAGUGAUGGAUCAAAACAAUUCGUAUGGAAAACAAAUGUUGAAUAAUUUAUCAAAAAGAAAUUCACCUUUUAUAUCCAUUUCUAGUUCCUUAAAUGAACAAUAUGAAAGAUUUAAAAAGUAUUAUCAAGAAGAUAUAACCAAUACCACCACCACCACUACCACCACAUCAAAUACUGAUACUAGUACCACAUCCAAUACUGAUACUGAUACUAGUACCACAUCCAAUACUGAUACUGAUAGUACCACAUCCAAUACUGAUACUGAUACUAGUACCACAUCCAAUACUGAUACAAAUUUAUGUAUUCAUAUAGACACACUCUUCAAUAUUCAUAAUGAAAUGAUCAAAUUAGACAAGACUCUAUUCAACAUUCAUAAACGACAUCCCAUGUUUGAUGGCAUUGAGGAAUGGCAAAUGAUUUCACAAGUCUAUGCAUUUUUAUAUAUACGACGUCAGGAUGAUGAUGAUACUAACAAGAAUGAACCUUCUCUCAGUAUCACUUGUAGUAGUAGUAGUGGAAGUGGAAGUAGUAAUAAUAAUCAUCACAUUGGUCGUAAUACUACUACUACUCACACCAGUAAUAAUAUUACUAACAACAUGAGCAAUAACACGACUAGUCAUAACAACAUGGAUACGACUCACCAAUCAAUGACACACAAGAUUCAACUCUGUAACAUGAUUAAUUUAUUACACAGGAUGAACUGGAACGAUUCAUCACAAUAG